GACAACUCAUAUAUUCAUAACACACGCGCCAUCCUGAUUGCCACUGUUUGUUGUUCGGUCAAGCGUGACUGAAUGUGUAUGCAUCAGGCUGGGCUAAUUAAAAGUGUCCAGUCAUAUCCUAGCUAAGCGUCGAUGAUAACGGCGGCCACGUCUUGCGCCUUACGCUUCAGAGGCUACCAGCCCCGUCGCGAGGUUGGACAACGCCUCCCAAACGCAACUGCUUGGAGCCGCGUGGGAGCCAGCAGCAGCAGCAGCAGCAACACUUCAGCCACCGGCAGCCGCAGCUACUGCUACUGCGCUGCUAACGAGAACAGUAGCAUUGGCCGGACCUGGAGUAGCAGUAGCUGCUACCGCAGUAGCAGUGAUUAUCCUAUCAACCGCAAGUUCAUUGUAACGCAAAGACACGUGUCGUGCUUUUGUACGACACGAACGUCCGACUCCUCCGUAGCUGCUGCUAUGAGUCCUAUGACAGCCCCAAUGUCGUCCGGAUCUGUCGUACGUCCUGACUGCUGUACGACAAUGGUGGAUGGUACGGCAGCAGCAGCGGGAGCGGAUCUCUGGCGGGAGGUGGUUGCAGUGUACGACAGGGCCCAGGCUAGCGGUGCUUGCAGCAAGACGGAGACGAAGGCUGAGAUGUUCCACGACUCCCAGCUUGGAGUCGACUUUGUGUUGCGAGUGGCGACAGCGCUGAAGGCAAAGCCCCAGGGACCGCCGACCCAGGGGUCACCCUCCAAAGUGCCUGGCGAGCAGUCUGGCAAAGGACCCCAACCCGCCGCCUCCCCCAAGCCCGCCUGGCGCAAUCCCUUCCUGCCGCCAGAACCCGAGCUAUUCGUACGACACUUAGGGCCGUACGGACAGCAGUACGACAUGGAUUCACCGCCUGUACGGCAUGUUGGACACCGGUACGACCCGCAGGGAGAUCCUCCACAACUGACAGCCGUACCAGCUGUACAACCAUCACCACCACAACACCAACACCAACAGCAGGAACAACAACAACAACAACAACAGCUGCUGCAAGAAAGUGAACCGGAGCACAGCCUGGUUCUCAACAAGUUCAAUGUCGUACGGCACCACGUGUUGGUGAUCACGAGGCAGUUUCGGAGCCAGGCGGAACCGCUGUACGGCGGGGACUUGGCGGCCGCGAUGGAGGUACUGCAGGCCAUGCCCCGGGGCGGGGUGGCGUUCUACAACUGCGGGCCGCACUCGGGUCGCAGCCAGCCGCACAAGCACAUGCAGGUGGUUCCCCUGCCCUUCCUAGAAGAGGAGGAAGAGGGGCAGCGGCAGGGAGAGGGGCAGGGCGCGCAGCAGCAGCAGCAGCACGCAGGCGGGGAGCGGUCUGCCGAGGCGCCCGUACACCGCUUGGUGAUGCAGGCGGCAGCUGAGGCAGCAGCAGCAGGAGGGGGAGCAGCAGCGCUACAGCCGUUUGCGUUGCGUCAGGUGCCGUACGAGUGCUAUGCGGCGCUACUGCCUGAGAGCCCCACACCCGACCAGCUGGAGUCGACAUUUAACUCCCUGCUACAGCUCUGCCAUCCGGGAUACAGCUACAACGCUAACAGCAACAGCGGCAGCAAUGGCAGCGGUGGCGCUGGCGGCAGUAGCAGCAACAUCAGCGGUGCUAGCGCCGCUAACGGCAGUGGAGAUGCUAGCGGCAGCAGAAGCAACAUAAGCGGUGCUGAUGGUGCGAUUGCUGCUACUGCUACUACUACAGCUCCUCAAGAUGUGUCGUACAAUGUGCUUCUAACGAGAUCUUGGAUGAUGCUCGUCCCGAGGCGCGCGGAGCGCUGCGGCCCUCUGGCGCUUAACAGCUUAGCAUUCGCGGGUACGAUACUUGUACGAUCUGAAGAUGAGCUGGAUUUUGUACGGCAGUCGGGACCGGCUUGGAUCCUGUCUCAGGUGGGGGUGCCGUGGUGACAGAGGUGCGGAGAGGAUGCUCGGCUUGAGAAACGCGGUCCGAGUGAUCCGGGGUUGAAGGUGAUUUAAUGCGGGCGGUGUUGCAGGCUGAUGUCGUCGUGUCUUGUGAUUGCUUGAUGAUGAAGUGACAUUGGUUGCCGCUUCGGUGGAGAGUGCCGUACAAGCUUUGCAUUGAUGCGUGCAGCGAAUUGGUUUGCCCCUUUGACAGCUUUUCGGAGCGGGUAUGGAGUGCGGCACGCAUCGCGCGCAUUUCGACAGAUUGCCAGGCUUUUCUUAGGUGCGAGGGAAGCAACGGUGGAAAGUGCCGUACGCAGGCAGACAGGCGGAAGGCGUCAACUCCAUUCCUGCUUUUAGUUGAACCGCCAAGAGCUUAAGCAAUUUGAAAUGCAUUUCUAGUGACUGGCCUGACUGCCGCUUUGCUCCUGUAGGAGCAAACCUAGGCACUGCCGCUGCUGCAACCUACUUUUUAAUACUUUAGACCCUGACCAUACACCUUUGGAGCGCAAGGUUGCAAUUAUUCCUGCCAUGGAGACAGCGACGACACCCUCGAUUCAGCCGGAUGACCCUCGAUUGGCGCGUGUAGGCUUUGCGAAGCUUCAGGGCGAUGGUAUUGAAUACUUUAUGCGUAAAUAUGAGGUCACCAUGGGACGAACGAGCAAAAACAGCACUCUGGACCUAAUCCUGGGCGACAGCACCACGAUCAGUCGGCAACAUGCCACCAUCCGCUACAACUUUGAGAACAAGUGUUUUGAGCUGGUAGUGCUUGGGAAAAACGGUGUAACCGUGGAGAGCAGCACCAACGGCACAACAAAUUUGUAUACACCGGACUCAGGACCCACCCCGUUGCGGUCGCGGGACUUGCUAAUCAUGGGCGUAAAGCGCUUUUACUUCUUGCUGCCAAGGCCCUUGGGCGGAAGCCGAAAGCGGCGCAGGGUGGAGCCAUCGCCCCCGCCAGCUGCGGUCAUGGCCGCGGCGCCUGCAGCUGCUCCUGCAGACUUCAGCGCGCAAGCAGUCCCACCAACACCCUCGCAGCAACAGCUCCAGCCACCUGCAGCUGCCGUGGGCAGCUUGCCCCCGCAGCCUUCCGGCACCCAGCCAGCAUCCAUGCCGCAAGGCCAAGUGGACAUGGCGGGCUCGGUCAACUCCCAGGCUCCCGAGCAAGCGGAUUUCCCGGCAGUCCAUCACGGACCCGGAACCUCAGCAGCUGGCGGGCCGGCAGGGCUGCAACCUCACAUCCCGCAGCAGCAGCAGCAGCCUUUCCUCGAUCAGCAGCAACAAGAACAGGAUCAGCUCCAACCGGAUCAGCACCCCCUGGAGGACCAGGAGGGGGAGCAGCAGCAGGAUGAGGAGGAUGACGCGCUCAUCAACGCGGGGGGCCCGCCGUACGACAACGGGGUGCCGUAUGCAUACGGCAGUGAGCACGACGGCUUUGGGGGCGGCUUCUGAGGGAAGAGGAGGCCUCUUUCAAUGUAGGUUGGCCCCUUAAGAGGGAGGGUGCGGAGAGUGGAGUUGCCGGAUGACGGAUUGCAGCAACGGCAACAGCGGGAUCUAGGGUGUAGUUCAGGAGUACGGCUGCUAGGCCGCCCAUGCAAUGGCGUUAGCAGGCAUGUAGGUAGUAGUAGUUGCUGUCAGGUGCCAGCUGGGGGAGCCAUCGUAUGACUGUGUGAGGGCUUGAGCUCUGGAGGAUGACCCGAGGCCCGGGAAAGGUGGGGAAGUCAAUAGUAUGAACGACGCAUGCGUGUACUUUACAGAAAUUUAGGGAAGCAGCUCGGGGUGUUGUCGUCUGGGAACUGCUUGUUGCCGUGCAACUCGUACCAGUAUCAACACGCCGUUAGGAUACCACGCAGCUUGCUAACGGUGAUAUCGGGGUGCUUGUUUGCUCUUGCAGCGUGGGUGACAGGUCGUGGUGGUAGGGUAUUAAGGCCCUGCGAGGUCUGCAACCACUGCUGCUGCGUUUGCUUCCGUCUUGGCGUGUACUAACACGUUGGAGGAGGGGCAUGUUGUAUCCUUACGCAUGCACAUUAGGUUAUGCUGAUGGCUGGCUGCGCCGCUGCUGGACGCAAAGACGUGCGGGAACGCGUUGUGGCUGCACUUCUACACCCGUUGCUUGGCGUGUGGCUCCCAGGAAGGGGAAUGUAUGAAUGUUUCUUGUCAUGGCAAGCUUGCCGCCCAAGUGUUUGUGUGAAGGAAGCCUUAUAGGCGCAGGCGGAAUGUUUGGUAUGCUUGCGGCUUUAUGGCUUGGCGAAAGUGGCUUGACACAGUUUGUCGAGCCCCGAGACGUAAUGAAGGGACUAGCCAACAUGCACAUGCAGC